AUGGCCUCCCCAAACAUGGCUUCCCAAGGGAACGAGCCCAUUGCGAUUGUCGGAAGCGGCUGCAGGUUUCCAGGAGGUGCCAGCUCGCCCUCCAAGUUAUGGGAUCUGCUCCGAGAACCGCGCGAUGUACUCUGUGAGAUUCCGCCCAGUCGAUUUGACGUUCGCGGAUUUCACCACAAGGAUUCUCAGUUUCCCGGUCACGCCAACGUCAAGCACUCCUACCUCCUUCAAGAAGAUGUCGCCAAGUUCGACGCCCAAUUUUUUAAUAUUACAGCGCCGGAAGCAAUAGCUAUGGACCCUCAGCAGCGCCUCCUUCUGGAGACAGUUUACGAGGGCUUGGAAGGCGCUGGCUUGACUAUCGAAGGCCUCAAAGGCUCCAACACUGGUGUUUAUGUCGGUGUUAUGUAUGUCGACUACGAAUCUCUGCAAUUUCGAGACUUGCAGCACGUCCCAACGUACCUUGCAAUAGGUACCGCUCGAAGUAUCGUUUCUAACAGGAUAUCGUACUUCUUCGACUGGCAUGGGCCCUCGCUCACUGUGGACACUGCCUGCUCCUCCAGUCUGGUCGCGGUGCACCAAGCCGUCCAGGCUCUGCGAUCCGGAGAGGUCCGUGUCGCAUUAGCCGCCGGAAGUAAUCUUCUUCUCGGUCCAGAGCCUUAUAUCCACGAGAGCAAGCUGAAAAUGCUUUCUCCCGAUGGUCGCUCUCGCAUGUGGGACCAAGGUGCUAACGGCUACGCCCGCGGUGACGGCGUGGCCGCUGUUGUUCUCAAGACGCUAAGUGCCGCGCUGGCUGACGGAGAUCAUAUCGAAGCCAUUAUUCGCGAGACCGGCGUGAACCAAGAUGGUCGCAGUCGCGGCAUUACGAUGCCCAGUGCAGCAGCGCAGGCGUCGCUUAUCCGUGCGACCUAUGCCAAGGCAGGACUCAACCCGGAGUCCGACACCGAUCGGUGCCAAUAUUUCGAAGCUCACGGCACGGGCACGCCGGCAGGUGACCCAGUCGAGGCCGAGGCCGUGCACACCGCGUUCUUCGGCAACAGAGAUCCUGCCGCGGAUCGUCUGCUCGUCGGUUCCAUUAAGACCAUCAUCGGCCACACGGAGAGCACAGCCGGUAUAGCCGGUAUUCUCAAAGUCGUGCAAGCCAUGAAGCACGGCUAUGUACCACCGAACAUGCUGCUGGAAAACCUCAAUCCAAACGUUUUGCCUUUCUACCGCAACUUGAAGAUUCCCCAGGAACUCACUCCUUGGCCACAGCUUGCGCCGGGUCAAAGCCGGCGAGCCAGCGUGAACAGCUUCGGGUUUGGUGGUACAAACGCGCACAUCAUUCUCGAGGGAUAUGAGGCGUCCAGUUCCUUGGAAGACAUCGACACCCAAAGCGUCGCUCCUUUCCUCUUCUCCGCACAGUCAAAGCAAUCGCUCCUGUCUAGUCUCGCCAUCCAUGUCGAGUACUUGGGGCAAAAUCCCAAAACUAGCCCUUCAGACCUUUCGUGGACAUUACGAUCACGCCGCUCUCGUCUUCCCUUGCGACUGGCGCUGCCAGCGUCAACUAUUGAGGUACUCCAGACCAACCUGAAGGGCAUUAUUGGCAACAGUAACUUCCAGUUGAAUUCCAAGGCUGCCGGAACCAGCACCAAGGAAGCUCGCUUGUUGGGUGUGUUCACAGGUCAAGGUGCGCAGUGGGCUCGCAUGGGUGCUGAGCUUGUUGAGACCUCCCAGUACGCCGCCGACUUGCUGGCCACCAUGGAUGAUGCCUUGGUGCAGUUGCCCGAGACGGAUCGCCCGGCUUGGACUCUGAGAGAACAACUGCUUGCUGAAGCGAAGACGAGCCAGAUUGGAAGUGCGUCAGUUGCACAACCUCUGUGCACUGCUGUUCAAGUCAUCCUUGUUGAGCUUCUUCGUCAAAGCGGUAUCAACUUCGCUGCGGUAGUUGGUCACUCCUCUGGAGAGAUUGGGGCAGCCUUUGCUGCUGGAGCCCUAUCUGCCAUUGACGCUAUUCGCAUCGCAUACUACCGUGGCCUUCAUUCGCGUUUGGCUGAAGGUCCAGAGGGGGUGCAAGGUGCGAUGUUAGCGGUCGGAACGACUUUGGAGGACGCCGAAUCUAUCUGCAACGAUGACUACUUCUUAGGCAGAGUCAAGGUUGCCGCAUGCAACUCUUCCUCCAGCAUCACCAUCUCUGGCGAUGAAGAUGCAAUUGAGGAGAUGAUUGACAUUUUCGAGGACGAGAGCAAGUUCGUUCGACGCCUGCGAGUGGACAAGGCUUACCACUCACACCACAUGGUCCCUUGCUCCCAGCCGUAUCUCGAGUCCAUGAAGCCUUUCGCCAUCCAGAUGAAGCAAUCUGACUCCAAGUGCACUUGGGUCUCCAGUGUCAACCCGGACCGGUCUCUCGACGCGUCAAACAGUUUUGAUGCCUCAUACUGGGUCGACAACCUCCUCUCGCCAGUGCUCUUCAUGCAGGCAGUCGAAAAGGCAAUGCAACUUGGUCCUUUUGACGCUGCCAUUGAAGUCGGCCCUCACCCUGCUCUCAAGGGUCCCGUUCUUGACACGCUCAAGGAGAAAAAAGUUGAAAUCCCGUAUACUGGCUUACUCCAGCGCAACACCAACGCAGUCCAGAGUGUUUCCUCUGCAAUCGGUUAUGUGUGGACCCACGUUGACAACCUCAUCAUCGACUUUGAUCGCUACGAAUCUGCACUUAGCGGACCGAAGCAGCACCACUUCAUAUCUGAUUUGCCAACAUAUCAAUGGAAUCACUCUCAAGGGUAUUGGCACGAGUCCAACUUAUCAAAGAACCUGCGCACAAGGAGUCAACCCGUUCACCAGCUUCUCGGAGACUUGCAACCCCAGAGCUCAGCACACCAGGUCACAUGGAAGGCGAUCCUGCGCCCUCAUGAUCUCCCCUGGGUUCACCACCACAGAAUCCAAGGCCAGACGGUCUUCCCCGCAGCUGCGUACGCUGCCACGGCGUUUGAGACCAUUCCCUUCCUUGCGGAAGAGACUCCGGUUCAGCUCAUGGAAAUCAACGACUUGGUGAUUCAUCAGGCUUUGGUGUUCGGAAACGAUGAGCAAGAGUCUGGCAUCGAGGUUCGGUCCGUCAUCAGCAACAUCAUCCGCGACGACCCUGCUUCUAUCACAGCCCACUUUACGUAUGAGGCAUGUAUAGGAUCACACAAGGACUUCCAGCUCGUCGCAAGUUGCGAAAUCUCCGUCUCACUUGGAGAGGCGUCUCGUGACACGCUGCCCGCGACUGCUCGGAUCGAGCCUUACAUGGUGGACGUCGAUACAGAGCUCGCGUACUCUUCCCUCAACGAUGUCGGCUACGGGUACACGGGUCCCUUCAAAGCUCUGUCUGACUUGAAGAGAAAGCUUGGCAGGGCGUCUGGCUCUCUCGCCUUGACAGCACCUGAGUCUGAUGACGAGGUUCUCAUCAUCCACCCCGCGGUUUUGGACGCAGCCUUCCACUCCAUAAUCUUAACCUUCAGCUACCCUAAAGAUGGCAGACUUUGGAGUCUGCAUCUGCCGACACGCAUUGACAAGAUCAGAAUCAACCCUUCCUUGUGUGGGCGUCACUGGUCAGGCGCUGCUGAAGUCCCAUUCGUCGCAUCCAUGGCCGACGACACUGAGUCUGCGGAUACCUCUGGAUUCCAGGGCGAUGUCGACAUCCAUGACCAAGAUGGAGAGUUCACUGCUGUUCAGGUGGAAGGACUCCACGUUGUCCCCUUCACUCCUGCUUCCCCAGCAGAUGAUCAGCAGCAGUUCUAUGCUACGCACUGGGUGCAUUCUGAGCCCAAUGCUGACAUCCCUGGCACUUACGAUGCCUCUGCUCAGGACAAGGAGAUGGCAGUCAUUCUAGAGCGUGGCAGCUACUUCUACCUCCGACAGCUGGAAGGCCAGAUUCCAGAGGAUCACCCCGGGAGAUCUGACCCGUAUAAUGCCGCCUAUCUAUCUUUCGCUUCGCAUACUCACAAGCUCGUCCAGCAAGGCAAGCAUCGCUACGCCAAGAAGGAAUGGCUCAACGACACUUUGGAAGACAUUUUAGCCCUGUCCAAACCGUUCUCUGAUCAACCCGAGGUCAAGGCCAUGCAUAUUGUCGGGGAUCAGAUGCCGCGAGCGAUUCUGGGAGAGACAACCAUGCUCGAGCACUUGAUGAACAACGGACUGCUCGCCGACUACUACGCUCAAGCCCGAAGUAUCACCCGAGGCACCGAUCUCUUAGCUGAGACUGUCGUGCAGAUCCUCCAGCGCUAUCCCGAGAGCAAGAUUCUGGAGGUCGGCGCCGGCACCGGGCAGGCUACUAGAGAGAUUUUCAAGCGGGUGGACGACAGUUUCGCAUCAUACACCUUCACCGAUGUCUCGGCGGCCUUCUUCGACAAGGCCGAGGCGGAGUUUGAGGCAUUCGAGGAUCGCAUGGUGUACAGUGUUCUGGACCUUGAGCAGGAUAUGAAGACUCAGGGUUUCGAAGAGCAUUCAUAUGAUAUUGUCGUCGCCUCCUUCGUGCUACAUGCCACCAAGAGCAUUGAGCAGACUGUGCGCCGCGUGCGAUCGCUUCUGAAGCCUGGUGGUUACCUUGUUCUUUACGAGGUCACAAAUACCGACAUCAUCCGUGGCACCGCGCUCUUCGGAUGUCUGCCAGGAUGGUGGCAAGGUGUUGAGGAGGGCAGAACCCUGGGUGCUUGCGUUUCUGAGUCCAAGUGGGAUGCCAUCCUGCGCAAGACUGGGUUCUCAGGAGUCGAUACCAUGACGCCCGUCAAGGAUGCCAUGUCUCUCCCCAACUCCGUCAUGGUCUCGCAGGCUGUUGAUGACUGGGUCGAGUUCAUUCGGGAGCCUCUCUUGGCAUCUCCAUCGCUAUUUGUUGGACAAGCUGUCAUCAAGCAUCUCUUCAUCAUUGGAGGAGCCACUUUGCGUGUUUCUCGUUUGGUGCAGGACAUUCGAAAGCUGAUCCAUGCUUUCUGCGAUGAGAUUACGGUGGUUGAGUCGCUGGAGAGACUUGAUGAUGUCGAAAUCAACGAGAAAGCUACAAUCCUUGUUCUCGAGGACCUCGACCAUCCCGUCUUCAAAGACAUCACAGCUGCUCGUUGGGCUGGCCUCAAGCAUCUCUUCGGAUCUGAGAAGUCUAUCGCAUGGAUCACUCAAGAUCGCAUGGUCGACAAUCCCUUCGGUAACAUGGGUGUCGGAUUCGCCCGAUCGGCCUUGUGGGAGAUUCCAGAGAUCCGUUACCAGUUCAUCGACUUCCAAGAUGCGCACCGUGUCGACGCCAGAGCGUUGGUGGAGUCUGUCCUGCGCUUCCAAAUGUCCGGUUCGGUCCAAGAUCAAAGCCAACGCAAGUCCCUUUGGUCUGUCGAGUCUGAGAUCGUCAUCGACUCAGACGGACGCCAGUUGGUUCCCCGGAUGAGACCUGUCAGCACCGCCAAUGAUCGCUACAACUCGGCGCGCAGGACGAUUGUGAAGGACGCUCAGACUCUGACCUCUCAAAUCGUUAUUGAGAGUGCCGGUGACCGGCAUAUACUUGUCGAACGGCCUUCCCUUGCCAGCGGCCUCUCCGAUGGCAGCGCAGUCACCUUGAAGGUGACGCAUUCCACCUUGGAUGCCAUUAAGACUGACGGUGGGGAUGCAUUCUUGGUGCUGGGAAGCUGCGCAACGAGUGGCACUCAGUACGUUGGACUUUCCGAGUCUGUUGCCUCAGUCGUCAACAUAUCCAAGAAGUGCCUCGUCGCUUCUACCGUUGCGCUUGAGUCUGCGGCGGUGUUUUUGGCAGAUGUCGCUGCGCAACUUCUGAUGCCAGAACUUGUGGGCUCCCUCACCGAAAGCGACACUCUCUUAGCUCACAACGCUCCUCAGGCGGUAGCGAAGCUACUCAUUAGACAUGCUAAGCUUGCUGGCAUCAAUUUGGUUUUCACUACCUCUUCCCGAGAGAUUGCGAAGCACACUAAUGCUGUCUACGUCGGACGGUACAUGCGCCUAUCUGAGAUCAGGGCGCUUCUCCCCACCAACAUCUCCCGAUAUAUCGACUUUGCAGCACAAGAUGGUCCAUCACCAGUGUCUCUGUCUCUUCCACCCAGUAUCCCUGUUGUCAAUGUGUCUUCUCUAUUUGCCGCGGCUGCAAAGAUGAGCCGAACGUCUGUCGAUGACGUCAACAAGCUACUGGCAACUGCAGCGACCGAUGCCGGUUCAGCUCUUGAGAACCGUACGCAGGAUGAUGCGACAACUAGCCUAAUCGGUAUCCAAGAUCUCGAGACGGUCAAGGAAACUCCUGCUCCCCUUACCAUUGUCGACUGGAACGCCUCUUCUGUCUCUGUCACAGUCCAACCCACAACUGCCCAGUUCAAGGCUGAUCGGACUUAUUGGUUGGUUGGACUGUCUGGAGAUCUUGGAAUCUCUAUCGCAGACUGGAUGAUUCGUAAUGGCGCCAAGUACCUAGUUAUCACUAGUCGCAAUCCGAAGGUCGAUGAGACGUGGCUUAAGAUUACAGAAGCGAGAGGCGCAGUGGUUCGUAUCGUUGCAUGUGACCUCACCGACUACGACGCUCUCUCGCAGACACAUCGCGAGAUAUCCACCACGUUGCCUCCGAUCGCUGGUAUAUACCAAGGCGCCAUGAUUUUGCUCGAUAUGGCACUCCGCGACAUGGGACUCGGGGACUUCAGCCGCGUUCUCCGUCCCAAGGUCGAGGGUAGUCUGAACCUCGAUCGUGUCUUGGGAGAUGAGCCACUGGACUUCUUCAUCUUUUUCUCCUCCGUCGCCACCGUCGCAGGUAAUCCAGGCCAGGCUGGCUACACCACCGCCAACCUCUUCAUGAGCGGCAUGGCGCAGCAAAGACGCAAACGUGGCUUGCCCGCGUCGGUUGUGGAGCUCGGCUUGAUCAUGGGUACAGGUUACAUCACCCGCGAGAAGGGCAAUGUCCUCACUCGACCCUCCUUUGAGCGAGGUCUCUUGACUAUCUCGGAGUACGAUGUUCACCAGACACUGGCAGAGGCCAUUCAAUAUGGUCAUCCUGAAUCGGGUGCCGAAUGGCAGAUCUCCAUCGGACUGAGACGGAUGCCGGCCAACGCGCCUAACCGGCCGCAGUGGUACAGCUAUCCUCAGUUCGCGUGUCUUACGGAGAGAGCCGCUGUCGAGGACACGAGCGCGGCUAAUGCGCAGGAUGGCCCGUCUAUCAAGGACCAACUGGCCGCUGCGACAACGAGAGAUGACGUUGAGAAUAUCAUCACCGAAUCUUUCAUUGCCGAGAUGCGCAAGAUGCUCCAUCUCAGCGACGACUAUGCCAUCACACCCGCCGUUCGCACCGACGAGCUGGGUCUCGACUCUCUAGUCGCCGUCAGGAUCCGUUCUUGGUUCCUCAACAACUUUCAGGUCAACAUUCCUGCGCUUCGAAUUCUCAAGGGUGAAGCACUCCAGAGUCUCAUCGACCACGCUGUGGAGGAGAUACCGGAAGAGCUGGCACCCAAGCUGUUCUCCUCCUCUCAGUCUGAGGACACAUCACCAUCUUCCGAGGAGUCAUCCCAAAAGUCUGGAACACCACCUUCGACUGCCCCCGAGACAGAGAACUCAUCUGUAGUCAAUGGCGAUCUCGGAAUUAAGGAGGAGAAAGAGGCAAGACCUCAGGAAGUUCAGUUGGAAAGGUUCGGGCGCUUGUCUUACACCCAGUCAGUAUUCUUGUUUGUGCACGAACUCUUGCCUGACAAGACCACUCUGAACAACACAGUUAUGCUUCAUCUUAGCGGGGAAGUGCGAAUUCCCGAUCUCUCCCGCGCUGUUCGAGCCUUGGGAGAACGCCACGAGUCGUUGCGUAGUUGCAUCUGCGAGCGCGACGGCCAGCCCAGUCAAGGAGUCAUGAAGACCCCGUCUUUCGCCCUCGAGCACAAGAGGAUCUACACCAAGAGCGAACUCUUCGAUGAGUACGCAGCACUCCGGGGCCAUGUCUUCGACCUUAGCCGAGGCGAGACCAGCCGGACGAUUCUACUCUCAUACUCGCCACGGGAUCACUACCUUUUGAUGAGUUCUCACCACAUCUUUUUCGAUCGAGCCAGCAAUGACGCUGUCAUGGGCGACCUGGAGCGACUCUACAACGGAUAUCCCCUCGACCCGAACCCUCUCCAAUACCUCGAUUACUCUGAUGACCAGCAAAGGCAGUACUCAUCCGGAGAAUGGGACGAGGCCAUCAAAUUCUGGCGCCACGAGUUUACCACUAUUCCCGAUCCUCUAUCCCUCCAUCGCAGCCAGAUCUCUGAGCGGCAGCCUCUUGAGCGCUACGCCUCCCGCAUUCCAGAUUUCCGCAUCGACAAACAGCUCUCAGCAAAGAUCCGUCAGGUAGCUAGAAAGUAUCGCGCCACGCCGUUCCACUUCCACCUCGCGGCCUUCAAGAUACUCCUGCACAGGUUCCUCGGCACCACCGACGUCUGUAUCGGUAUCGCAGACAGCUGCCGGCGAGACGAUAGUAUGCGCACCGGCAUCGGCCCGUUCCUCAACAUGUUGCCCCUACGCAUGGUCGCCAACGCGGAGCAGCCUUUCUUUAGUGCCUUGGACGAGGCGCGGGAGAAGAGCUUUGCUGUUCUUGCCAACUCGAUCCCACUUGAGGUAAUCCUGAAUGAGCUCCGCAUCUCACGUCAGGCUACCCACACGCCUUUGGCGCAGGCAUUCAUGAAUUACGCCGAGAACGACCUUGAAGACGGCCAAAAGUUCCUCGGAUGCAGGAUGACGAUGAUGAAGCAGGAGAUGGCUGAGCUUCCUUACGACAUUACAUUCACCGUGAUCAACAACACUACUGGUGAUACGCGCAUUCUCUUGAACUUGCAAGAGUCCUUGUACACGGAGUCUGAUGCGCAGAUUUUGCAGCAUGGAUACGAGGAUAUUCUUCGCGAGUUCGCAAACGCACCGGAUGAGGCUGUUGGUAGCACUUGGCACUUUAGACCAGCUGUUCUGCAGAAGGCUCUUACAUUGGGUCGCGGUAAGUUCACCAAAGAGCGGUAUCUUGACUAUGUACCAUACCAGGUUGCUAACAUCCAUUCAGGCGCGACUUUCAACUCAUCUUGGCCCGAAACCCUCAUUCAUCGAUUCGACAGCUUCUUCCCGACUGUCAGGGAGAGAGUUGCCGUGACCGACGACGCUAGUGGCUCAAUUACCUAUGCAAAACUCUCUACUAUGACGAACGCGAUCGCAUCGAAACUCCUUCGUCAAGGUGUGCAGCCCGGUUCCAGAGUCGCUGUCUUCCAGCACCCAUCAAUCUGUUGGAUACCUUCUCUCCUCGCGAUCCUCAGAAUCGGAGCUGUCUAUGUCCCGCUUGACGUCAACACGCCAGUCGCCAGGCUAUCACUGAUCGUGCGCGACAGCCAGCCAUCCUCAAUCUUAGUUCACGACUUGACGAAAGACGAUGCAACCAAUCUGGAGUUCGAGAGAGGUACUUCUAUAGUCAACGUGUCAGCCUUGAAAGAGCUAGGUGAGAAAGAGGUUCCCAACCUCGCUCAACCGGACGCAGCGGCCAUCAUUCUGUACACCAGCGGCUCAACAGGAACCCCGAAGGGAGUCAUUUUACGCCAUAGCAGCUUGAAGCACGAGUUCGAUCACUGCGCGGUGACCUACGAGCUAAACCAAGAUGAUGUCGUUCUCCAGCAGAGCGCUUGGAGCUUCGACCUAUCCGUGACGCAAAUCUUCCUGGCUCUCGGCGCGGGAGCCCAGCUGCACACGGUGUCUCACACUCUGCGCGCCGACUCGCACGCGACGGUCGAGCUUAUCAAGAGUCAAGGUGUGACGGCCACCUACGCAACUCCAACUGAGUACAAGGAUUGGUUGAGGCGGGAAAACCAGGCAACAUUGCGGUCCUCUGUCUGGCGCCUGGCGUUAGUCGCCGGAGAAGCCGUCACCGAGCCGCUUCUACAGCUCUUCCGUGAGGUGGACCGCGACGGCCUCCGACUGUUUAAUGUGUACGGUCCCACAGAGACAACAUGUGGAUCUACCAAAAUGGAGCUGUCGUACCGUGAGCCUGGAUUCUAUCACGGAACCAUCCCCGUUGGAGUGGCCUCCGCCAAUGAGCGAUUUUAUAUUCUGGACGCCAGUCUGAACCUUCAGCCAGUUGGUCAGACUGGUGAGAUUGCCAUCGGUGGUGUUGGCGUUGCCAAGGGCUACUUGAACAUGGAGGACCGGACUCAGACAUCCUUCUUGCCGGAUCCCUUUGCAACCGAGGACGAUUUGAAGCGCGGAUGGGCGACCAUGUACCGAACAGGCGAUGUUGGAUAUCUGCAGCCCAAUGGCACCCUCGUUUUGAAGGGACGCAUCGGAGACGACACAGAGAUCAAGCUCAAUGGUGUGCGUAUUGAUCUGAGGGACGUGGAGAAUACCGUCGUGCAAGCUUCCAACGGUCUUCUCGCCGAUGCCGUGGCCUCUCUCCGCAGCACCUCUGACGGGUCGGUCAAGUUCAUGGUCGUCCAUGUCGUCUUCUCGGGUGAGAGCCUGACCGGCUCCACGAGCAAGUUCCUCAAGAAGCUUCUCGCAGAAUUACCAUUGGCACGAAACAUGUGCCCCUCGGCCCUCAUACCGAUUGACUCGCUUCCAAGAACGGUAGCUGGCAAGGUCGACAGACGGGCCAUCGCUUCCUUGCCGAUCUCGCAGGGGCUUUUCCAUCGUGCUGAGCAUGAUGGAGAUGGUUCCGAAGGGUCCAAGAGACUGUCCACGGCCGAGAAGACACUCCAGAGCUACUGGGAAAUUGUGAUCCCUGAAGAGCUGGUUGGACUGCACGACAUCGAGGCAGAUUCCGAUUUCUUUACCAUCGGAGGUAACUCUCUUCUCCUGAUUGAGCUUCAGGGUCGGAUCCGUGCGCAUCUCGGCAUCUUCAUCGCACUGCCCAAGCUUUUCCAAGCUACCACCCUGAGGUCGAUGGCCCGGCUUCUUCCCGGGAUUGACGACACUGAGGCGGCGCUCGAAGAGCAGAUCGAUUGGGCAAUCGAAACCGCUCUGCUGCCAGGAGAUAUAGUUUCUGAGCGAGACACUGCCGAGCCUGUUGCGAAGCUCCCUCGCACUGUUGUCUUGACCGGAGUCACUGGUUUCCUCGGCCACUACCUAGCCGGAUCCCUUGUCGAGAACGAGAACAUCGAGAAGGUCAUUUGCAUAGCGGUCAGGAACCUAAAGGACCAAGCUCGCCAAGAUCUAUUUUCCGAGCUUGGGCCAAAGGCAGAGUUUUAUGAAGGCGACCUCAGCUUGCCUCGCCUCGGUCUCACGGAAGAAGCAGCCCACAUCAUUUUCCAAUCCGCCGAUGCGGUGAUCCAUAACGGCGCGGACGUCUCGCAUCUCAAGACUUACCCUUCACUCCGCGCUGCAAACCUCGGGGCAACGCAAGAGCUCGUCCGGCUGUGCAGCCCCCGGCAGAUCCCGCUGCACUAUGUGUCCACCACGGGUGUUGCCAUGUACACCCCCUUCAAGGAGCUGGCCGAAGUCUCGGUCCGCGAACACAUGCCCCCGGCGGACGGCCAACACGGCUACGUCGCAUCUAAGUGGGCCAGCGAGGUAUACCUCGAGAACAUUCACGGACAAAUCGGUCUGCCGAUCUACAUUCAUCGUCCGUCGAGCAUCAUGCGUCCAGAGGCCGACAGGACCGGCGAGAACCCGGCUGCUGAUGUCCUGCAGAACAUGCUCGAUUACUCACGACGCGUACGCGCCGUGCCGGCCGCGCCGGGUCUGAGCGGCUUUGUCGACUUGGUGAAGCCGGAGACGGUCACCAGUGGGGUGGUGAGUGCCGUCAUGUCUGGGUCUAAGGAGGAUGAAGUUGUGUACAUUCACGAGUCUGGCGACUUGGAGUUGGAUGUAAGCCAGAUAAGAGAGCAUUUGGAGACUGAGACGGGAGAAGCUGUUGAGGCAUUAGUUCUAAAUGAGUGGAUUGAUCGCGCGGAGGAGAUUGGCCUAUCGCCUGCUAUGGCUGCCGUGUUCCGGAGUUCGCUGGGGUCUGGAGAGCCGAUGAAUCUGCCGAAGUUGCUGAGGCGAUGA